CCGACCGCCAACCAAAACAAAUUCAUUGUUGGAGACUUUUCUUCUCUGCAGGCCACCAAAAAAGACUCCCCACACCCUCUGAGUCCAUACCUUCUAGCCCUUUUUGCCUUUCUCCUCAAAUUUCUCUCUGAAAUUCUUCAGCUUCACUUGAGUUUCAACUUUUAAAACCUGUUGUUUUGAUUCUUUUUUGUUCAUAGGAAGAUACCCUUUUGGCUUUCUUGGUUGUGGGAUUGUUGGUUGAGCUGAACAUUUGAGGAAGCCGUGAAGAGAGAAAUGUCGGGAGGAGGUACACAGAACAGCUUAAGAAAAACCCUUGGAUCACUCAAGGAUACUACCACUGUCAGUUUAGCUAAAAUUAAUAGUAGCUAUAAGGAAUUGGAUAUUGCUAUAGUUAAGGCAACAAAUCAUGUUGAACAUCCAGCAAAGGAGAAGUACAUAAGAGCCAUUUUUUCUGCCAUCUCGGCUACCAGACCUCGAGCUGAUGUUGCAUACUGCAUUCAUGCUCUUGCGAGAAGGUUGUCAAAGACACAUAAUUGGGCGGUUGCUCUAAAAACAUUGAUCGUCAUUCACCGUGCUUUAAGAGAGGUGGACCCCACAUUCCAUGAGGAACUUAUUAACUAUGGCCGCAGCAGAAAUCGCAUGCUUAACAUGGCUCAUUUCAAAGAUGACUCUAGUCCAAAUGCAUGGGAUUACUCUGCUUGGGUGCGUUCAUAUGCCUUGUUCCUUGAGGAGAGGCUGGAAUGUUUUCGAGUUCUGAAAUAUGAUGUGGAGACCGAUCGGCCGAGAACUAAAGAUUUGGACACCCCGGAAUUGCUUGAACAGUUACCAGCCUUACAACAACUUCUGUAUCGUAUUAAUGGCUGUCAGCCACAAGGGGCAUCUGCUCACAAUUUUGUGAUUCAGUUAGCACUUUCAAUGGUUGCUACAGAAAGCAUUAAAAUCUACAAUGCUAUCAGUGAUGGUACAGUUAAUUUAGUUGACAAGUUCUUUGAGAUGCAACGGAAUGAUGCUCUUAGGUCUCUGGAUAUAUACCGCAGGGCUGGUCAGCAGGCGGAAGCACUUUCAGAGUUUUAUGAAAUAUGUAAAAAUAUUGACGCGGGACGUGGCCAGAAAUUUAUUAAAAUUGAGCAGCCCCCUGCAUCAUUUUUACAAGCUAUGGAGGAGUAUGUGAGAGAUGCACCACGAGCUUCUACAGUGCGGAAAGAUUCGGAACCCAAAGUUAUUUUAGCUAUUGAGUACAAAAAGGACCCAGAUGUCAAAGAUGCUGGCUCUCAUUCUCCCCCUCCACCUGAACCUGAAAAGGAACCUGAACCAAAACCGGAACCUGUUAAAACGGAAGCUCCUCCAGCAGAACCUGCUGAUCUUUUGUCUAUGGACGAUCCUUCUCCGGCUGCUGCAGAACUAGAUGAGAAGAAUUCCUUGGCUUUAGCUAUCAUACCAGUUGGCUCUACCUACCCACCAACUUCAACUGGUUCAAAUCUUACUAAUGGAACUUCAGGCUGGGAACUGGCUCUUGUGGAAGCUCCCAGCUCGAAUGAGAGUGCCACUACUGCUAGUAAACUGGGUGGAGGACUCGACAAACUUACGCUAGAUAGUUUGUAUGAUGAUGCAAUGAGACAAACCAACCAAAAUGUGAGCUAUAAUCCAUGGGAACCUGCACCAGCGGUGGCUCCCAUGAUGCAGAAUGUAGGAUAUGACCCGUUCUAUGUCUCCAACAUGGUGGCUGCCCCGACAAAUGUGCAGAUGGCAGCCAUGGCCAACCAGCAACAGGCUUUCAUGUUACAACAACAGCAGCAGCAACAACAACACCACAUGAUGAUGAUGACUCCCCAACAACAACCGACUGCAAAUCCCUUUGCCAACCCUUAUGGAGCAGCUGCCAAUCCAUACGGCCCCGGUAUGCCUGUACAAACCGCUUAUAAUCCUUAUACUGGCCUCAUUUGAACAAAAAUCCAGAGAGAACAUGUUGCUAUAUUCAGCUAUUGAUUUUGAUACUCGGAAGAUUAGAUAUGUAUCGAUUCACGGGGUAGGAAAAGAAUUAUUUUGUUAAAUAUCUAGGUAGCUUUUCUUGGUUCAUUCAUUAUUUGCAAACAUCGUGGGGGUGCUCAAUAAUUCUUGACUCAAAUUCUAUCAGUUUUCUUUUUUGUAAGAUUUGUGAUUGUUGGAACACCAGAUGUAUUGUGAAACAAAUUUGUUUAAUGAUUUGUACAUCGUUUGGAUAUGAAAUCUGGUCUUUUUGUAUA